CCUCCUCUUCCCAGUGUGUGCGUAGUACUCGCCCUCCUCCUCAUCAACCAUUUCACUCCUUCCUCUCAUUCCCGCACAUUCUCUUGCUUCCUCCGGCAAGCGUCAAACAGGCUGCAGGAUGUCCAUAGUGAAUAUUGUUGCCAGGGAGAUUCUGGACUCCCGCGGAAAUCCGACAGUGGAAGUAGAUCUUCAUACCAAUAAAGGUCUGUUCCGGGCCGCUGUGCCGAGCGGCGCCUCCACCGGCAUCUACGAGGCUCUGGAACUCCGAGAUGGAGACAAGACUCGCUACAAAGGCAAAGGUGUAACGAAGGCAGUUGGUCACAUUAAUGACACUCUUGGACCAGCCCUUAUCCAGUCAGGGAUCAGUGUGCUGGAGCAGGAGAAAUUGGACAACGUGAUGAUCGAAAUGGAUGGCACUGAUAACAAAUCUAAGUUUGGGGCCAACGCUAUCCUCGGAGUGUCACUGGCCGUAUGCAAAGCGGGAGCAGCAGAGAAGGAUGUGCCCCUCUACCGUCACAUUGCUGAUCUGGCAGGGAACCGAGACCUGGUUCUUCCAGUUCCCGCUUUUAAUGUGAUCAACGGGGGCUCCCAUGCUGGGAAUAGGCUGGCUAUGCAGGAGUUCAUGGUACUCCCCGUUGGGGCGGAGUCAUUCCGGGAGGCCCUGCGUGUCGGGGCGGAGCUCUACCAGACCUUGAGGGGCGUGAUCAAGGAGAAGUACGGUCAGGAUGCUACCAACGUGGGUGACGAGGGGGGGUUCGCACCCAAUAUUCAGGAGAACAGUGAAGCUCUGGAGCUGAUUAAGACGGCUAUCGAGAAGGCGGGCUUCACAGACAAAGUAGUGAUCGGGAUGGACGUGGCCGCCUCCGAGUUCUUCAUCGAGGGCAAGUACGACCUGGACUUCAAGUCUCCACCGAACGCCGCACGCAACAUCAGUGCCGAGGAGUUGGCCAGCAUCUACCAAGGCUUCAUCAACAACUAUCCAGUUGUUUCCAUUGAAGACCCCUUUGACCAGGAUGACUGGCCAGCUUGGACUCAGUUCACUGCCUCAGUGGGGAUUCAGGUGGUUGGCGAUGAUCUGACCGUCACAAACCCACGUCGGAUACAGCGAGCUGUGGAGGACAAGGCCUGCAACUGUCUACUGCUCAAAGUCAACCAGAUUGGCUCUAUCACGGAAGCCAUCAAGGCCUGUAAGAUGGCUCAGGAGAACGGCUGGGGCGUGAUGGUGAGCCACCGCUCGGGUGAGACCGAGGACACCUUCAUAGCCGACCUGGUGGUGGGUCUCUGCACUGGACAGAUUAAAACCGGAGCCCCCUGUCGUUCGGAACGUUUGGCCAAAUACAAUCAGCUCAUGAGGAUUGAGGAAGAAUUAGGCGAGGUGGCGCGCUUUGCCGGACACAACUUCCGCAACCCAAGUGCGCUCUGAGCACACCGCGGUGACGUCAGCAAUCAUCGUGCCAAAAGGCCUGCAAAUGCUUUCUCUCUCCGCGCUAUCCGGAUCCCAGGCUUUAAUAUAUGGCUGAGUGUACUGACUAGUGUGUGUCUGCCUGCACUGAGCUCCCAUCACUCCGUUCUGUCAACUGUGAAUGACUUUUGUCUUUUUCGUGUGCUUUCUGUUAUCAUCUUCCCUGACUUUCCCACUGCGAACACUAAGCAGCUUUAAAAAAAAAAAAACGUGUGUAGAACUAAUUGUGGCAAAUAAAAAGUUGGGUACAUGGGAACCCUAUAAUAGCUAUAGUAUUUGUUGUUGUUACUAUACAUUCACCCGACUUAAUAUUCCAGCAAAUUCCAACAAGACUUAAUGCAACUGCUUUAUCCUGCAGGCCUGUGUUUUUCCAACAUUUUGCUCCUGUUAUUGAGCUCAGGGGUCAGGAACCUUUUAGGGUGAGAAAGCCAUAAACGGCAAAUAUUUUAAAAUGUAAUUUCAAAAGAGCCAUACAAUAUUUAUAAAACUAAGUACAAGUGUAUUCAUGCAUUUUAUGAAAGACCAACUCUUUAAGAGUACAAUAAGUCCCUAAAUGCAUUUAAAAAACAUUAUGAUGUUGCGAACCAGUGAUGAGAAAAGUACUUUUUACCCUGAAUGCGACUUCUUUGCUGAUGGCUUUGUCAUCUGUUUCAUACGUCAUUAAAUUAAACUGUCGUGGACCUCCGGUACGGGGGUGGACCCAAACGUAGGGCUUCGAGGCAGAGACAUAAUGUUCAAUGUGGUUUAUUUGGGAAACUGGGUUAUACACGGUAUAGGAGUCUGACAAGGCGGCAUUCAAAAGACAUGCAGCAAGGUCCGAUGACUGUGGGGCAAACUAACAAAGUCAACAGAACAGGAUCAUACAAAAGGGCACAGAAUCGCUGUGACUAGGGUUACUCAAACUUACGUGUAGAAGCUGAGCGUCCCACAGGUAGUGAAUGCAACUCAUUAACUUAAAGCAAUGAACUGGCAAAUGCCAGUGACAAAAACUCCAACUUAAAUGCCUGUCUAAUUACAGUCUGAAUGUGAAACCCCUGUGACAGGUGUCACCCCCCCAAAGCAGUGGCCUGGCCACGCCCCUCCUGGCAGUGGCCAAGCCUUGCUCAUAACAUAAUCCUUUGAGACUUCCAUCCGUUAUUUGUGAACCUAGGUUGGUCUUAAUAUUUUUUAAAUCUGAGAAAGAUUUUUCAUAUGCAUAGGUAGAACCAAAACAUUGUCAGUACAGCAAUACUCACACGCUGCAGUGUGUGGUAUGUGACGGGAAAUGCGUUCCAAGUUUUCACAAUCAGCUGGUCUGCAGGUUUAAUUUUUCUCAUUUCUCCCCACUUAUGUGCGUUCGCCAACAAUGCUUGCUGACAGAGUAUUUAUGUAAAAACAAUUCCGGUGGUGGGCGGCGCAUAUGUGCGCUCUCAUUAUAAACCACAUUGAUGAGCUGCGUAAGGACUGUAACAUUUGUAAUUAUGAGUGUACCCCUUUAAGAGCGGAGGGGGGGGGUGCAGGGUAAACUGGGAAGAAGAGUGUGUGGCAGUAGACCAUUGUUAGAGAAAGUUACGUGUGCUGCCAAAAUGUUCACGCCGUCAUGCGAUCGACCGCACCCCUGCUGUAUACAGGAUGUCGUUAUGAGGGCUCUGCGACCACCAAAAGAGCCAUAGGUUCCCGACCCCUACAAAUUGUAGUUUAUGGAUGUUAUGAAUAUAUUGGAAACAGCUCUCGCUAUGAGAUAAUGCAGUUGUUUAUUACCACAAAAUACAGCCACAAUAACAUUAUCACACUACAUAUGCAUAAUCACAGAUAAUCACAAAGUAUCUCACCACACCAUCAUGUAUAAAGUAGCAAAAUUCAAUUAUUUAUUCUUGUAAAAUAAAUACUUUUUCCCCCCUCAUAAAAUACUUUAUUCUUGUAAUACUUUAUUUUUUCCUUUAUUCUCCUGUGAUAAUUUUUUUCUAACAAUUAUUCAACUUUCAACUAAAGUUACAAUUUUAUUCCCUUAAAAUUCCAAAUUUACUGCAAAAUUAGUGCAAUUUUUUCUCGUAAAAUGUCAGUUUAUUGUCAGAAUACAACAAUAUUCUCAUUAUCCUUUGACUUAUUUCUCAAAAUUCUUACUUUGUCAUAUAAUAAAGACUUUUUGUUGCAAAAUCAAGACUUUUUGCUUUUAGAAAUGCCCCUUUGUUUUUCUAUGAUUACUUUUCUGUGAAGUAAUGAUUUUUUUCAAAAUAGAUUAGGGAGGUCGAGCCUAUCCCAUUUCAAUUUGGGGGAAAAGCAGAUUACACUCAGGAUUGGUCAGAGAAAGAAAACAUUCACUGUCACAUUCACACUGUCGCAGAGUGGGAACUAAAUCACGCUGCUUGCACAGAGUGAGCAAUGACCAAAAGUCACGGUGAUUUUUUUGUUGUUGCUCCAAUCUCUAUGGCAACAAAGCAACCAAAUGUUUUGAUUGCUUAGAGUCCAGCAAGUUUAACUGGGUUUUAAACACCUAUUUUUUUUCCAAUAUGAGCACUACAUAACUUAGGUGAAGAACGAAACAAUUUUGUGUACGGAUUGUUUGCCUUGUAUUAAGUUAUCAAAACGGGUUUGGAUAUAUUUUUAAAGGUAAAAGUGUAUUUUCACUUUUGGACAUUUAAGUCAGUUUUUGUAGCCGGGAAUCAGAUCAGCAAGAUCCCCGCCUUUGGCUACCGCCCAGCUCAGCUGCAGUGUCUGCAGUGAUUUGGACUUUGUAUCGAUCCGAUGCGGUCAAGAGGGAGCUAAGUCAAAAGGCGAAACUUUCAAUUUACCAGUUUAUCUACGUUCCUACCCUCGCCUAUGGUGAAGAACAAGAUCCCGGAUACAAGCGGCCGAAAUGGGUUUCCUCCGCAGGGUGUCCGGGCUUUCCCUUAGAGAUAGGGUGAGAACCUCAAUCAUCCGGGAGAGGCUCAGUGUCGAGCUGCUGCUCCUGUGCAUUGAUAGGAGGCAGAUGAGGUGGCUGGGGGCAUCUGAUCUGGAUGCCUCCCUGGUGAGGUGUUCCGGGCACGUCACACCGGUAAGAUCGGGACAACCUAAGACAUGCUGGAGCGACUACGUCUUUCAGCUGGCCUGGGAAGACCUCGGGAACCCCCGGGAAGAGCUGGCUGAAGUGGCCGGGGAAAGGGAACUCUGGCCGUCUCUGCUAAAGGUACUGCCCCAGUGACCCAACCUAUGAUAACAGUAGAAGAUGGAUGGAUGGAUAGAUGAAUGGAUGGCUUUUUCAGUCAGUACUUUUAUUUGGGGGGGGGGGGGCUUUUUGUUAUCAGUAAUGCUAGUUUCAACAGUCUUUUUUGUUUUCUGCACAGAUAUCUCUACUUGUACUUUUUUUGUAUGGUUGUUUUUACACCCACUGGUACUGGAUCUCAUGCGCUUGGUGCAGGGGUACCUAGCGUUGUGGCCGAUUAGUGUUGUGAUCAGUUGCUGCAAAACACGUCACACGUUUCUUCUCCUUCGCUUCCUGCAACCUUGUCCCAUAAGCGGUCGCCACAGUGCGUCAUUGUUGUUCCAUGUAAGCCUAUCUCCUGCAUCCUCCUCUUUAACACCAACUGCCCUCACGUCUUCCCUCACGACAUCCAUCAAGAUUCUCUUUGGUCCCUUGAACCUUGUCUCCAAAGCAUCCAACUUUGGCUGUCCCUCUAAUGAGCUAAUUUCUAAUCCUAUCCAACCUGGUCACUCCUAACGAGAACCUCAACAUCUUCAUUUCUGCCACCUCCAGUUGUACUUCCUGUUGUCUCUUCAGUGCCACCGUCUCUUAUCCGUACCAUCAUGGCCGGCCUCAUCACUGUUUUAUAAACUUUGCCCUUCAACCGAGCAGAGACUCUUCUGUCACAUAACAGAUCUGACACCUUCCGCUAGCUUUUCCAACAAGCUUGUACCAAUUUCCUCACUUCCUUAUCACGCUUACCAUUGCUCCGGACUGUUGACCUCAAUUAUUUUCGUUCGAUCUCUUCUCUUUGCAGCCACACUCUUCCCCUUCCACUCCUCUCAUUAAUGCACAUAUAUUGUUUUAAUUUACCUAAUCUUAAUUUAUCUCCUUUACAGUGCAUGCCUCCAGAUGCUCCCUGCUUUAAGUGGAGAUCACAAUAUAAUCUGCAAAUAGUCUAACCUCAUCUGUCAGCCUAUCCAUUACCACUGCCAACAGGAAGGGGCUCAGGGCUCGUCCCAUUUCUACCUUAAAUUCUUUUGUCACACCUCACCACUGUUCUGCUGCCCUCAUGCAUAUCCUUUACGAAUCCAACAUACUUAUCUGCCACUCCAGAUUUCCUCGUGCAGUACCACAGUUCCUCUCUUGGUACUCUGUCAUAGGCUUUCUCGAGAUCUACAAAGACAUAAUGUAGCUUCUUCUGACCUUCUCUGUACUUUUCCAUUAACAUCCUCAAGGCAAAUAAUGCAUCUGUUGUACUCUUUCUUGGCAUAAUACCAUGCCUAGAACCAUGGGGGAGGGAGGGACAUGUCCACAUCGCCAUGACUGCCAUGGAGAAAGCAAAAGAGAGACUGGAAAUGGGAGGCCAGCUUGCUAGAAUGUGCCUUUAUGUGCAUGCAAUCGACGUAUCUGCAACACCUGAAUCAAGCGACGAGAUGGAUGAUAGGCUGCCAUCUUUUUUUUGGGUGGGGGGGCACGCCAUCACGCGACCAACAGAAACUGCCUUGCGAUCGAGUGGUUGAUCGCGAUCGACAAAUUGAGCUCCCCUGUCUUGCAUCAUCAGCACAAAUUGUAAUCCACCUCCGUUCUUCUACCUCUGCUCUUGUCCUAUGUUCCUGCCUCUUUUGGAAGAAAGUGUUCACUACGGCCAUUUCCAUACUUUUGGCAAUGUCUCCCCCCAUCUAUCCCUCAAAGUUCCUUUCCUGGAUGCCAAUCUUACCCAUAACUUUUUCAUCACCCCUCUUUCGUACAGCAACAUGUCCAUUACAAUGUGUACCAAUCACAACUCUCUUUGUGUCUGGGAUGCUCAGAACUACUUCAUCUAAUUCCUUGCAGAAUUUCUCUUUCACCUCUAGGUCACAUUCUACCUGUGGAGCACAGCUGCUGAUCACAUUAUACAUAAUACCCUCAAUGUCAAGCUCCAGACUCAUCACUCGAUCUGAUGCUCUUUUAACCUCCAAGACAUUCUUUGAUUCUCUAAAAUCACUACUACUCAAUUUCUCUUCCCAUUGACACCAUGGUAAAAUUAUUUAAAUCGUGCCCCUAAAUUUCUAGCCAUACUACCUUGCCACCAACACUCUUGGAUGCACAAUAUACCAACCUUCGUCUUCAUCAUCAUGCCCACCAACUCCCAAGCUCUUCCUGUCAUACUCCCAACAUUCAAAGUUCCCGCAUUCAGUUGUAGGCUCUGUGCUUUCCUCUUCUCUUUCUGUCAAAAAAAAAACCCGCUUUUCACAUCUCUUUUGUCUUCGACUCACAAUAGCUGAUUUUCUAGGUUAACGGUGCCAUGGGCAGACGUUGUUAACCUGGGCCACGACCGAUCCGGUAUGGGAUUCUUUCCAUUCUUUUCCAUUGUUUCUAAAAAAAAUUUAAGCCAGAUGCUCUUCCUGACGCAACCCUCUGCAUUUUUCUGGGCUUUGGACCGGCCUACAGUUUGCACUGGCUUGUGCCCCCCAAAUGGCUGCAUUGCAACACGUCAUGUGCAAUUUCCAGCAAACAAACUGCAGGGGGAGCCCGGGUGCUCUGUGUUGGCAGCUCCUUGACAACAGGAGUGUGUGUGUGUGUGUGUGUGCGCGUGUGUGAGGUAGGGAGGGGGGGCGCAGGCGUACUAGGCACAGUCUUUGCAAAGGUUGCUAUGGUUACCACACAAUAGGAGACGGGACAGGGGGCUGCGUGGAGCAGAG